CAAUUCAAGAAGCCUGGACUGGUCCAGGACGGUGGAAGCACAUGUAACGAGCUCAUCACUGCUUUGCCAUCGUGGUACAAAAGGGCACGAUGAUCUCUUCGCUUUCCGCUUUGGAGAGGUGUCUCUGGUAACUUCCAAUUGCUCUUUCUCAGCAUAACUCCCUAUCAGCCAGUCAAUAUGGCUCACAGCAUAAAUGAAAAGGAGGCCAUGGGUGCCCAUGACGAUGCCUUCCCAGAAUCCGAUGUUACUGUCCAGCUGGCCCAUGAUGUCGACAACACAAAGUACUCGCCCUGGUCCAAGAGCAUGUUCCGCCUCUACCUUGUCCUCGCGUGUGCCUACCUCUGCGGAUGUCUCAAUGGGUACGAUGGAAGUCUGAUGGGAGGCUUGAACGGUAUGAAAGCCUACCAGAACUACUUCCACAUGUCCACUGCAGGCUCAGGGACCGGCCUUGUUUUUGCCAUGUAUAACAUCGGCAGUGUUGCUGCCGUUUUCUUCACCGCCCCUGUCAACGACUGGUUCGGGCGUCGAUGGGGCAUGUUCACAGGUGCUCUUGUCAUUAUCAUUGGCACUUGCGUCCAAGCCACGACACAUACCAAAUCCCAGUUCCUAGGCGGUCGCUUCGUCCUCGGUUUCGGCGUCAGCUUCUGUUGCGUAUCAGCCCCUUGCUAUGUCAGCGAGAUGGCUCACCCCAAGUGGCGCGGCACCCUGACAGGCUUGUAUAAUACGACCUGGUACAUUGGCUCUAUCAUCGCUUCGUGGGUUGUCUAUGGUUGCUCCUAUAUCGAGAACAACAAGGACGCGUGGCGGAUUCCCAUCUGGUGCCAAAUGAUCACCUCCGGAAUUGUGUGCUUGGGAGUCUUUUGGUUGCCCGAGAGUCCCAGGUGGCUCAUGGCUCAAGACAGAUACGAAGAAGCUGCCAAAAUCCUGGCCACCUACCACGGCGAAGGCCGGCUCGACCACCCCCUAGUACAGCUGCAACUCAAGGAGAUGGCCAACCAGAUCUCGUCAGAGGCAUCCGACAAGAAGUGGUACGAUUAUCACGAGCUUUGGAACACUCACUCCGCCCGUCGCCGCCUUAUUUGCGUCCUCGGCAUGGCCUGCUUUGGUCAAGUCAGCGGCAAUAGCUUGUCCUCCUAUUACAUGGUCAACAUGCUCAAAUCAGCCGGUAUUACCGAUGAGCACAAGGUAUUGGCGCUGAACGGUAUCAACCCAGCCUUGUCGCUCAUCGGCGCCGUAACGGGAGCACGCAUGACCGAUGUCGUUGGCCGCCGUCCUCUUCUGCUCUACACAAUUGUCUUCUCUUCCAUCUGCUUCGCCAUCAUGACGGGUACCAGUAAACUCGCAAUGCCGGGCCAUGUUGGUAACCUUGACGACGCUGAUACUCAAGCUCUCACCCCAUCCCAACGUGCUGCCGCUAACACCACCAUUGCCUUUAUCUUCAUAUUUGGCAUUGUCUUUUCUUUCGGAUGGACGGCCCUGCAGUCCAUGUAUAUUGCGGAGACACUCCCCACAGCUACCCGCGCAAAAGGCACUGCUGUCGGAAAUUUCGCAUCCGCUGCUUCGUCUGUCGUUCUUCAAUAUUCCUCUGGGCCUGCUUUCGAGAAGAUCGGGUACUACUUUUAUCUCGUUUUUGUGUUUUGGGACCUCAUCGAAGGUGUCGUGAUCUUCUUCUAUUUCCCUGAAACCAAGGAUCGUACCCUUGAAGAACUCGAGGAAGUGUUCUCGGCUCCUAACCCGGUCAAGAAAAGCCUGGAGAAGAGGAGUGCGCAGACAGUAUUGAACACCAUGGGCGCGCCGGAUGACGAGAAAGUUACAAUCUAG